AGCUCUUUCUUCGCUGCUCCACACCCGCCACCAGUUCGCCAUGGAUGACGAUAUCGCUGCGCUCGUUGUCGACAACGGCUCCGGCAUGUGCAAAGCCGGCUUCGCGGGCGACGAUGCUCCCCGGGCCGUCUUCCCCUCCAUCGUGGGCCGCCCUAGGCACCAGGGCGUGAUGGUGGGCAUGGGCCAGAAGGACUCCUACGUGGGCGACGAGGCCCAGAGCAAGAGAGGCAUUCUGACCCUGAAGUACCCUAUUGAACACGGCAUUGUCACCAACUGGGACGACAUGGAGAAGAUCUGGCACCACACCUUCUACAACGAGCUGCGUGUGGCCCCCGAGGAGCACCCUGUGCUGCUCACCGAGGCCCCCCUGAACCCCAAGGCCAACCGUGAAAAGAUGACCCAGAUCAUGUUCGAGACCUUCAACACCCCAGCCAUGUACGUAGCCAUUCAGGCCGUGCUGUCCCUGUAUGCCUCUGGUCGUACCACUGGCAUUGUGAUAGACUCCGGAGACGGGGUCACCCACACUGUGCCCAUCUAUGAGGGCUAUGCUCUCCCUCAUGCCAUCCUGCGUCUGGACCUGGCUGGCCGGGACCUGACAGACUACCUCAUGAAGAUCCUGACCGAGCGUGGCUACAGCUUCACCACCACAGCCGAGAGGGAAAUUGUGCGUGACAUCAAAGAGAAGCUGUGCUAUGUUGCCCUGGACUUCGAGCAAGAGAUGGCCACUGCUGCAUCCUCUUCCUCCCUGGAGAAGAGCUACGAGCUGCCUGAUGGCCAGGUCAUCACUAUUGGCAACGAGCGGUUCCGUGCCCCUGAGGCUCUCUUCCAGCCUUCCUUCCUGGGUAUGGAAUCUUCUGGCAUUCACGAAACUACAUUCAAUUCCAUCAUGAAGUGUGACGUCGACAUCCGUAAAGACCUCUAUGCCAACACAGUGCUGUCUGGUGGCACCACCAUGUACCCAGGCAUUGCUGACCGGAUGCAGAAGGAGAUCACUGCUCUGGCUCCCAGUACCAUGAAAAUCAAGAUCAUUGCUCCUCCCGAGCGCAAGUACUCUGUGUGGAUCGGUGGCUCCAUCCUGGCCUCCCUGUCCACCUUCCAGCAGAUGUGGAUUAGCAAGCAGGAGUAUGAUGAGUCCGGCCCCUCCAUUGUGCACCGCAAAUGCUUCUAGGCAGACUGUGACUGAGCUGCGUUUUACACCCUUUCUUUGACAAAACCUAACUUGCGCAGAAAAAAAAAAAAAAUGAGACAUCAUUGGCAUGGCUUUAUUUGUUUUUGUUUUUUUUUUAAUUUUUUUUUU